AUGCGUCAGCUGAAAUCUGCUCAUGUAGUUUUCAGCCUUUUCUUGUUGACGAGCAGCGUAUGCUCCUCAGAAAACAACCUCUGCCAGUGCGGCGAGCCUCAGUUUGAGGGUCGAAAUGUUGAUAACAACAUUGUCGACCCGCAUAAACGUAUUAUGACCGCACCUGAGCAGCCCAACACCAAUGUCCAACCAGUUUCCCAGGAAAUCCCAACUCCUGCCGGCGACGAACUACCGCCCGGCGGUGUUUCCUCAGGGGGAUACCAGCCUUCUUCGCGGGGAUCUCCAACCUUGAGAAGUACAUCAUCCACUAAUGAGCUUCCUCCGGGAGCAAACACCUCUGAAAGCAACCCUCUUCCUGUUCCUAUACCCAAACAAUCUGGCGGACCUCCCUCAGCCUCGACCGGAUCUCCCAACUCUCAAGCACAGCUUGAUCCCGGUGUGAGCGGUGCUUCAAGUAGCGUUCCAGAUCCUACUCUUUCUCCGAGUGCGUCAUCGAACAAGAACGGAACUGAUUCGGUAGCUCCAGGAGCCUCUGCUCCAGGACACCAAACCGGCACUGAGGCUCGCAUCAACGGCUCAGCCACUUCCCCGGGUUCAUCUUCGGCUUUGUUUCCCGGUUCAUCUUCGGCUACAUCUCCUGGCUCAUCUCCUGGCACAUCUUCGGCUUCAUCUCCUGGUCCAAUUCCUGGUUCAUCUGCCGUUUCAUCUCCUGGUUCAACUCCAAACCUGACAUCAAAUCCCACUCCCUCGAACCCAUCGUCUUUGCCUCCCAAGCAGACAUCCACCCUUCCAGCUUCAGCUGAAAAAUCUCAGGGAAGUCCCGGAAAACCAACAGACGACCAAAAAGCGGCAAUUAUUGUGAGCUCGGUCUUACUGGGGGUACUCUUGAUCAUUGGCGUCAUAUCAGCUUUCCUGAGACGAAAGCGGAACAAAAUUGAAGCACUUAGGCGCCAGGAGGAAGGUACCAUGCAAGCAAAACCUGGCGAGUUUGGAAGACGUGGGACGGUACUGGUUGGUCGGGGUUUGGAGUCGUCUCAUGGUCUUCCUAGCUCUGGAGGCUGGCUCGACAAUCGGUCGAGCGAGUUCGGAACAACCGCAAGGACACUGUCUAUCUCGUCUUCUUCAACCAGCGCAGAUAGUAAUGAGGCUGAGUUGAACCCAGCUUGAUGUAAUAAUCGGUUUCGUGAAGAGUUUUGUCUUGGGUACCAUGCAAUGUUGUAGAUAGGAAAUCUCGGGAAUGUUGGUUGAUGGAGGAUUGGGUAAAUAGUUCCACUUGAAACAUGCAGUCAAUUUGGCAUCAGCAAGAUGCUAUACAAUUUUUUUUCUUCAUCUACAAUUUCCAUUGCCUUUUCUUAUUUUCCUUGCGUCUUAUUUUCUCUUUCUAUUUUUAUUCCAAUGACAUGUAUGAAAUUUGAUGAACCAGAAUAUUAAUAGAAAUUGAAAGCA